GCAACACAAUGCAGCUGAGCAGGCAAGCACAGCCCACAGCCGGAAACAGCUCCUACUCUCCAGAGCAAGGCGACCUCUAAGCUUUAAGUUUCUCGGAGAAAUGAGAAGCUGAUGUUGAAGACGACACUAUGGCUCUGAUGGAAUAUCAGAUAUUGAAAAUGUCUCCCUGCCUGUUCAUCCUUCUGGUUCUCACGCCUGGUAUUUUAAGCAUUUGCCCUCUCCAGUGUAUGUGCACAGAGAGGCAUAGGCAUGUGGACUGUUCAGGCAGAAACUUGACUACACUACCAUCUGGACUCCAAGAAAAUAUUAUACAUUUAAACCUGUCUUAUAACAAGUUUACUGAUCUGCAUAACCAGUUAACUCAAUACACCAAUCUGAGGACCCUAGACAUUUCCAACAACAGGCUGGAAAGGCUGCCUGCUCGGUUGCCCCGGUCCCUCUGGAACAUGUCUGCUGCUAACAACAACAUUAAACUUCUUGACAAAUCUGACACUGCCUAUCAGUGGAACCUUAAAUAUCUGGAUGUGUCUAUGAAUAUGCUGGAAAAGGUUGUCCUCAUUAAAAAUACACUAAGAAGUCUCGAGGUUCUCAACCUCAGUAGUAACAAACUUUGGACAGUUCCAACCAAUAUGCCUUCCAAACUACUUAUCGUGGACCUGUCGAACAAUUCCUUGACCCAAAUCCUCCCAGGAACACUAAUAAACCUUACAAGUCUCACACACCUUUACCUGCACAACAAUAAGUUCACAGCCAUUCCAGAGGAAGCUUUUGAUCAACUCUUGCAGUUGCAUGAGAUAACCCUAUACAACAAUAGGUGGUCAUGUGAUCACAAACAAAAUAUUACUUACUUAUUAAAGUGGGUGAUGGAAACAAAAGCCCAUGUGAUAGGCACUCCCUGUUCUAGCCAAAUAUCAUCUCUAAAGGAACAUAGCAUGUACCCUACACCUCCGGGAGUUACUUCAAGCUUGUUCACUGGCAGUGGGCUGCAGACCGUGGACACCGUUAACUCUCUGAGUAUAACUCAACCCAAAGUGACCAAAAUCCCCAAACAGUAUCGAACGAAGGAAACCACAUUUGGGGCCACCCAAGGCAGAGACACCGCCUUCACCAGCCCGGACAAGGCUUUUGUGCCCUAUCCAGAAGGCACAUCUGCAGAAACCAUCAAAUUGCACGAAGCAGCAGCUGCAACACUGACCAUUCAUCUCCAAAAUGGCAUGGUGACAAACACAAGCCUCACUAGCUCGAUGAAAUCAGUGCCAACACCCAUGACCCUAAGUAUCACUAGUGGCACGCCAAAUAAUUUCUCGGAAAUGCCUCAACAAAGCACAACCCUCACCCUACGAAGGGAAGAGACAACCACCAAUGUAAAGGCCCACUCACCUUCUGUGGCAAGCGUGUGGAAAGUCAAUACUCCAUUUCUCGUGCUGCUCAACGCUGUGCUCGUGCUGGCUGUCUGAAGGGCUGCACGGAACUCCUCCCUGAUGUGGAGUUGGGAAAUACACCCCUAUCUAACCAGUGAAUCAAGCUGUAUUAAGUAUUCAAGAAAGCCAGUCUUACAAUUCUGAUUCUGAUAUAAAUGAAGCAACUGUCUUACAUAAAAGAAGUGCACAAUGUCUUGGUACUUGCUGCUAUUUUACUGUCUUAACUAAUGAAUUUCUUUCUUUUUUUUUUAAUGACAUGUUUUCUGUUUAAGGCUUCAAUUUAUUGCACAAAAUAUAAAGCAUUUAAACUUUAAUAUGUAUUUUAUGUAUGUUUACACUGUCACAGCUGGGGGAAAAAUAAAAGGUCUCUGCUCAUAA